AUAAUACCAUAAUUCAUCGCCUGAUGAAUGAGUUUCCUGUCAGUUUACCAGAAUAGCAGUUAGUUUCAUCAGGCGGCCAAAGCAUCGACAGUAGUAAAGUCACGCAUUUACGUUGCAAUUAGAUAAGGAUUUCUUGUAACGAAUGCGAUGUCUUGAAUGCGAUGAUUCUGAUGCGGUGAAAAAGUGAGGACGAAAAGUCUGAGGAAUCUGGUCCUGCAGAUUUCGAGCGAGCAAUAAUUAAUUCUGGUUAUGGAAGGUUCAAUUAUCUGUUACUAUUGGCCGUGUUGCCAGCCAGUUUCUCCAGCAUCUUCUCCUCCUCGGCCAUAUCGUACGUGUUGCCGUCAGCUGAGUGCGAUCUGGGCCUCACCAUGUUCGACAAGGGCCUACUCAACUCGAUGACGUUCGCAGGUGGUAUAUUCAUUUAUUGGCGUAACCGCGUAACCGCGACUAUAAUUACAGGUUGAGCUUAAGACACAGAGAGUCAAAGCGCGCAUUUGGUACGCUUCGAGUUUCUGGUUAGAACAAACAGUUCUGGUGUACGCUAUGGACAAUUUAGGGAAUGUAUUUGUGCGAGUUUCAGACAUGGUAUGAUAUGCACCUCGUUCUUCUGGGGAUUCAUGACUGACACAUUUGGCCGUAAGAAGAUAAUGUUUUACGGUUACAUGUUCACCGGUAUCAUGAGCCUGGUGACAUGUUUCUCACAUACCGCAUGGCUUUUAAUUCUGUUCAAGUUUUUCGACGGAGUAAUCAUUUCCGGCCCAUACGCAGCGUUGAUGUCCUAUUUGGCGGAAGUACAUAACGAUGCUCAACGAUCUCGAACAUAUAUGUGGUUAGGAGUGUUUUUCUCACUUGGAAAUAUUUCUCUGCCGUGUAUCGCAUGGUUGAUCAUACCCCAGAAAUGGAUUAUUAACCUAGGAAACGGGGAUAUAGAGAUCAAUUCAUGGCGUGUGUUUUUAGCGAUUUGCUCGUUGCCAGAAUUUCUUGCCUGCAUAGCCAUCUUCGCGUUCCCCGAAAGCCCUCGUUUUCUUUUAUUGAAAGGCAAAACAGAUGAGGCUCUCGAGGUUUUUAAAAAGAUAUAUUCCGUGAACACCGGCAAGGAUCCAAGCACAUAUCCAAUAAAAGAUCUUGAGGAAGAGUAUUCCGUUGAAUGUUCGAGUGACGAUAUACGGGACAAGUUGCGAGCCUGCUGGCAACAGAUCAAACCCCUCUUUCUGCCACCAAACAUCUUCAAACUUAUCGUGAUAAGUUUAAUUCAAUUGGGCGCCACGAUAGGGUCAAACUCGAUUAGAUUAUGGAUGCCACAAUUGUUUACUAUGAUGGAACAUUUCAAAAGUGAUUACACGACACACGAAUAUUCGAGCUCUCAGCCACGUUUCUGUUAUAUGUUAGGCCAACGGCAAUCGAAUUAUAGUUCCUCGUUAAGUUUCGUAAAUGAAACUUUAAACGUUGCUCACACAUGCAUACCGGCGGAAUUAAAUUCAAAAGUGUUCAUUAAUUCUAUCGUGAUUGCGAUUACCGGUGUUAUUGGAUACACUUUGGCAGGAUCAUUGAUUACUGUAAUAGGAAAGAAGAAGCUUAUAGCAAGUUGUUUCAUGGUAGCAGCCAGUUGCUGCACGUCACUCUAUUGGGCUGAAAACAGCAAUAGUAUACUCGGUUUGUGCUCUGUAUUCGUAGCAAUGUCGAGUAUAGGUGGUGCUUGCGUCGUAAACAUUGUUGCUGAUAAUUUUCCUACGUGUUUAAGAACUAUGGCAAUUAGUUUCUCCAUGAUGAUCGGCAGAAUAGGAGCUGUUACAGGCAAUUUAUUGUUCCCGGUGUUAUUCAACUUAACUUGUCUGGGUCCUUUCUUUAUGAUUGCCUCUGUUUCCCUAGUAUCGGCAUUGUUGGUAACUAUUCUUCCCAAGAAGCAUUCGCAAAAGAAUAAAUCAAAGCAGAUUGCUUGACGACAAUACGAAUGGAUAAAAUAUAAUCAGCUAAUAAUAGCUGAAAAUACGGUUUGUAAAUAUAUAUAUCUUGUCCUUGAUUGAAUGUAUAAUUUCAAUGCAUGAUUUUUCAUCAUGUAAAUAUGUAAAUACAUUACUAUUACAUUCAUGUAGCAUAAGAUAUCUUCAUCAUAUUAUAAGUGUAAUUCAAAUAAUUUGCAAAUCGAAUGCAUGAUCUAAGUGAGAUUUUUAAAAUAAGUCUCGUGGUUGUAUAGCAUGAAAUAAUUUUAAAAUAAUUCUCGUCAUUUUUAACGAUUUGUCAGUCUGUGAAUUAGAUUAUAAUUGCAAUGUUUUUCUAAAACAAUUUAAUUAAAGGAAACAUUAUUGUUAUAUAAUAAAAAUAUAUUUUCUUAUUGUUUUA